ACAGGCCAAACACUUGAGAGCCUUUUCUUCCAGGCAUAAUUGGUGAAGCCUGAAUUGUUCACUCUCCUUCUGCAAUUGGAAUGUUUGAAACAUUCUGUCUCUGGUAGAGCUUGAACUGGUUACAAGCAAUCUAAGAUGGUACGUGAACAGUACACUACAGCCACAGAAGGCACCCACAUAGAGAGGCCAGAGAACCAGUGUAUCUACAAAAUUGGCAUUUAUGGCUGGAGAAAGCGUUGCCUCUACUUAUUUGUUCUUCUUUUACUCAUCAUCCUUCUUGUGAAUUUUGCUCUUGCAAUUUGGAUUCUUAAAGUCAUGUGGUUUUCCCCAAUAGGAAUGGGUCACUUGCAUGUUACAAAAGAUGGGCUUCACCUGGAAGGGGAAUCAGAAUUUUUAUUUCCAUUGUAUGCCAAAGAAAUACGCUCCAGAGUGGACUCAUCUCUGCUUCUACAGUCUACUCAGAAUGUGACUGUAAAUGCACAGAACUCUGAAGGGGAGGUCACUGGGAGAUUAAAAGUGGGUCCCAAAAUGGUAGAAGUCCAGAGUCAACAGUUUCAGAUCAAUUCCAAAGGAAGCAAGCCACUGUUUACUGUUGAUGAAAGUGAAGUUGUGGUUGGUACAGAUAGGCUUCGAGUAACUGGGCCUGAAGGAGCUCUUUUUGAACAUUCAGUAGAAACACCCCUCAUAACAGCUGACCCAUUUCAGGAGUUGAGAUUAGAAUCUCCCACACGAAGUCUAAGCAUGGAUGCCCCAAAGGGGGUUCAUAUUAAAGCUCAUGCUGGGAAAGUCAAGGCCCUUUCUCAAAUGGACAUCAUUUUUCAUAGUUAUGAUGGAAUGCUUGUGCUUGAUACUGAAACUGUAUGUUUACCCAAAUUGGUUCAGGGGACUCAGGGUCCUGCUGGCAGCUCUCAAAGACUCUAUGAAAUUUGUGUGUGUCCAGAUGGGAAGCUUUACCUGUCUGUGGCUGGUAUAAGUACCACAUGUCAUGAACACAGUCACAUCUGUACCUAAACCACCCACACCUUCCAUGGAGAAUCUGCCUUGUUUCAGUGAACUUUAAAGACUUCAAACCUUCACACUUAGAGCAACUUGACACCCUGGAAAACUGAGGUGGUGGAUGGAAGUAGGACA